AUGCUGAAACUGUCACUCAUCGUAUCAUUGAUGUGCUCGACUUCUUUUCUGACGGCGAACCAAGAGUCGCGACCUCCAAACGUACUUCUUAUAAUCGCCGAUGAUUUACGUGCGUCUUUGGGUUGUUAUGGUCACCGAUUUAUUCAGACACCAUACCUAGACUCGCUGGCAGUCCGUUCGGUUCGUUUUACGACUUCUGCGUCUCAGAUAGCUGUUUGCGCACCAAGCCGGACUUCAUUUCUGACGAGUCGCAGGCCAGACACAUUGCGUUUGUAUUCAAACAAAGGCGCAUUCUACUGGAGAACCAAAGUAGGCAACUUCACGACGAUUCCACAACUUUUCAAGGAGGCGGGAUAUUUCACUGCUUCAGCUGGGAAAGUUUUUCAUCCAGGAGAGUCAUCAGGCGAAACUUAUGACUAUCCUUACAGCUGGUCAGUUCCGCAUUAUGAGCCACCAACAGAAAAACACAAGGACGACAAGGUCUGUAGGCACGCUGAUGGUUCCCUUCACCGCGAUAUCGUCUGCCCCGUGGACGUACCAUCCCAGCCAGGAGGGUCCCUCCCAGACAUACAGACCACACAGUAUGCCAUCAACCUCUUGCGACAGCUAGCGAACCAGCCACACGAUGCAUCCAAGCCUUUCUUCCUAGCCAUAGGCUUCCAUAAGCCACACAUCCCUUUGAAAUUCCCUAGACAGUACCUAGAGCUCUACCCACUGGAUUCAAUUCCAUCGGUUCCAGACCCGCACUUACCGCUAGACCUGCCAUCUGUUGCUUACGAGCCAUGGAGUGAUAUACGUGAGAGGGAGGACAUAUCUUGGCUAAAUCUCUCGUUCCCCUACGAACCGAUUCCUGGGUAUUACGCCUUGAAGAUUCGUCAAAGUUAUUAUGCUGCGGUCAGCUAUAUGGAUGGUCUAGUCGGGCAAGUGCUGGCGGCGCUUGAUGUGAAUGGUUUCAAGGAAAACACUGUGAUUGUAUUUCUAGGUGACCACGGCUGGGCACUCGGAGAGCACAACGAGUGGGCAAAAUACAGCAACUUUCGCGUCACCACUAACGUGCCUCUGAUUGUACACGCGCCUGGUGUUACCAUGACAACAAGUGACGCAGGAAUGGUAUCCAAUGGGCUGGUAGAGCUAGUGGAUCUCAUGCCGACGCUGGCGGAAGUCUGCGGGCUCAGUGUGCCAGAUCGAUGCCCGGAUGACUCGUCUAAAGUGACCGUUUGCACGGAGGGACUCAGCUUCUAUCCUCUCCUGAAGAACCCCUCAAGGCCAUGGAAAAAGGCAGUAUUCAGCCAAUACCCCAGGCCCUCACAAAUCCCUGGUGACAACAGCUGCCAGCCUUUACCCAAAGACAUCAGCAUCAUGGGGUACUCCCUGCAAACAGCACAAGGCCGCUACUCAGAGUGGGUGCGGUUUGAUCCUGUCUUGAGCCGUGCCAACUUGUCCGAGGUGUUGGCGCGUGAAUUUUAUCUGAGCCCACGAGAAGACAUCAAUGUAGCAGCGAUACCGUUGUACGCUCGGCUAGUGCAAGAGCUUUCUGUUUUGCUAAGAAAAGGGUGGAGGGGCGCUUUGCCGUAAAAGUGAGAUUAUGAUAGAGACGAUGAUGGUGGCGUAAAUGCUGACGCUGAUGACUAUGUACUGUUGAACGUGCGAUUUUAGAAACUAUGCUUGAAUUUCAUUGCAAGGCCUCAGCUAAACCAAUUACUGUAAUUGUGAAACCUAAGAGCUAUAAUAAAACAAGCUGGCUUGGGGGGGAUGUAA